ACAACAGUGGCAACUGGCAAUGCGGCACGGUUAUACAUUGUACAAUAUGCAGGACCUAUAAUAUAGGAGUCUAACGAGUUUAUUAUAAUAUAUUUUUAUAAUAAUAUAUAUUACUUUAGUCUAUAGACUAUAAUUCUAUAUUAUUGAGAUAUACACACACUUCCAUAGAAUUUUAAACUUGUCAAUUAAUAAAUUCAGCUGUAGAUUAUAAUUUUAUGACAAAUAAAAUGUCGAAGAUUGUUGUUAUUGGUUCUUGUAGUACUGAUAUGUUUUUUUAUACAUCAAUAUUGCCUAACCCUGGACAGACCAUACACGGUAAACAAUUUUCUUUAGACUUUGGUGGUAAGGGAGCAAACCAAUGUAUUGCAGCACAGAAACUUGGAGCUGAUACUGUAUUUAUUGGCUGUGUUGGAUCAGACAUUUUUGGUAGAGAUAUUAUAAAUAAUUUUGAAAAAUGGGGCGUAGACACUCAAUUUAUUACAAAAAAAUCAAUUGAUACAGGAGUUGCACAAAUUAAUGUUACAGAUAAUGGUGAAAAUUAUAUCAUUAUAGUAGCAGGAGCUAAUGGAACAUUACAAAAAGAAGAUGUGGAUAAAGCACAAGAUUUAUUACUUAAUGAAACUAGAGUUGUGCUAUUUCAAUUUGAAACUCCACUAGAAACAACUGAAUGUAUACUUAAUAUGCUUUCUACUGCAAAUAGUAAAUGUUGUAAAAUUGUAAAUGGUGCUCCUGCUUAUUCAAAUUCUUAUCAGAAUAUACUAAAAUUAGCCGACAUAUUUUGUGUUAAUGAAUCUGAGGCAGAAAUUUAUACAAAUUGCAUAAAGAAAAUUGAUAGUAUUGAAUCAGCAAAUGAAGUUUUAUCUUUACUUUUAAAACAAGGAUGCAAAAUUGUAAUUAUCACAUUAGGACCAUUAGGUGCCAUAUUUGCGUCUAAAGAUGAACCAGAACCACAGUGGGUUAAAGUGCCAAAAAUAGAAAAUCCUAUUGAUACCUCAGGCGCUGGUGAUGCCUUUUUAGGAAGUUUAGCUUAUUUCAUUGUCCAUACACCAAAUUUGAGUUUAUAUGAACAAAUUAAAAGAGCGUGCAUAAUAGCUACAAAGACAGUUCAGUUUAAAGGAACCCAGAAAAGUUAUCCUUUAAAAAAAGAUUUACCCAAAGAACUUUUCAAUUAAUAUAUACAUGAAAUAAAUAUAUGAAGUUAUUGUAAUAUUAAAGUACUUAAUUAUAAUUUAUGUGUUGUAUAAAUUAUGUUAAUGCAUGCCAAUACGCAAGGCUGGGAAAGU